AUGUCAAACUUGGGACAAUUUGACUCUGACUUUUAUCAAUCCAAUUAUACCAUUGAUAACCAGGAACAGAAUUGCAAUGAUUCUGAUGCGUAUGAUUAUCUUUAUGGAUCUAGAAGACAACAAGUAAGCGAGCAGCCUCAGUCUGCUUCUUUUGUUCCACCAGAGAUGCUCACACCAUCAGGCUACAUAGGACAAUUUUUUCAACCAGCAUCCAACCCGGAUUAUUAUUCAGAAUCUUCUUGCAUUGACAGUUUUGAUGAAGAGCCUCCUUUACUAGAAGAUAAGUUAAGGAAGUAACUUGGAAUCAAUUUUGAUCACAUCUGGCAAAAAACAUUGACAGUGUUAAACCCACUGAAGCCAGCAGAUGGCAGCAUUAUGAAUGAAACCGACCUCACUGGUCCCAUCCUUUUUUGCCUUGCCCUGGGAGCCACUUUGCUUAUGGCAGGAAAAGUUCAAUUUGGUUAUGUGUAUGGCAUGAGUGCCAUUGGCUGCAUUGGGAUUCACACCUUACUGAACUUGAUGAGCUCUGCAGAGGUGUCCUAUGGCUGUGUGGCGAGUGUGCUUGGUUACUGCCUGCUCCCCAUGGUCAUCCUGUCCAGCUGUGCCAUCUUUUUUUCACUUCAAGGAACCAUUGGGACGGUGUUGGCACUGGUUAUCAUUGGCUGGUGCAGCCUCUCAGCUUCUAAAUUCUUCAUUUCAGCCUUGACCAUGGAAGGACAACAGCUUCUCAUCGCCUAUCCCUGUGCCUUAUUUUAUGGACUUUUUGCUCUCUUAACGGUUUUCUGA